AUGAUAGCGAUACUAUCGAUAUUCUUGGUCGUUCUAUUUGCUCCCGGCCAUGUCCACUCCAAGUGUAUAGCGGGCGAGCUGUGCUGGCCAGACGCACAGACCUGGGCAUCCUUCAAUCGCUCCGUGGGAGGGAGAAUGAUCAGCGUGGCCCCUCCAGCAUCGCCAUGCCAUGAUCCAAACUACGACGAGCGAGCCUGCAACGCCGUGAGGAGCGGCGGGAACAGUCCGUUCUGGAGGACUGAUCAACCGGGUGCGCUGCAACGGACGAGCUGGGAAUCGUUUGGGGAGCAGCGCUGCCUGAUCUCCUCCAACAGGACCGCCGCUUGCUUCCAGGGCGCGGUCCCGGUCUACGCGGUCAACGUUACUCGGGCGGUCCACGUCCAAGAGGCCGUCAAGUUUGCGUCCCGGCACGACUUGCGCAUCGUGAUACGAAACACGGGGCAUGACUUCCUCGGGCGGAGCACGGCGGUGGGAGCUCUCAGCAUUUGGGUGCACCACCUCCAGAAGAUCCAGUUCCACGAGAGCUUCAAAUGCAGCCGUGGUAGCGACCGUGGCUACUCGGCAGUGACGGUGGGAGCUGGAAUUCAGUGGGAGGAGCUCUAUCGGCAAGCGUAUCAACGAAAGAUGAUCCUGGCUGGCGGGGGAUGUUCCUCGGUUGGAGCAGCUGGCGGAUACCCUCAAGGUGGCGGCCAAAGUUUCCUUUCCCCGCUAAUCGGCUUGAGCGCCGAUAACGUUCUCGAGUACGAGGUGGUGACCGCGGAUGGUAGGCUUGUCAAAGCAAAUGCAUGCCAAAACACGGACUUGUUCUGGGCUCUCCGGGGUGGCGGAGGAGGAACAUUCGGAGUUGUGCUCUCGGUGACGCACAGGACUUUUCCAGCUCUUGACAGCCUCGUCUUCGCUCCUCACAACUUCAACGCCCCCGAUACCACCACCUUUCAGGGGCUGCUCACUCUGUUUACAAGGUUGAAUCCCUCUCUGUCCGAUGCCGGCUGGUCUGGCUACUUUUUCUCGACGAGCCAGAGCCUGACGCUAACGUUCCUGCUGCCCAACCGGAACGUCUCGUAUGCUUCCACCACCUUGGCCCCGCUGCUAUCGUACGCGCGGGAGAACAACAUCCGGAUCGACGGGAGCUUGGAGACGUAUGCCUCGUACUGGGACUGGCACUUGCAGUUUCAGUGUGGAGGGCAGGAAUCGUGCUUGGGCCUCAACAACUUGGGAGUCUCGGAUGUCUUCGCAACGAGGCUGAUCCCGAGAUCGCUCUUCAACCACGAACAAGACCUCCUCCCAAAGGCCAUGAUGCACAUCAUGACCGAGCUGCAAGUUCCAGCUACGUAUGCGAUCCUGGGGGGCGGAAAAGUGCGAGAACCCCAAGACAGCGCUGUGAAUCCGGCGUAUCGCGACGGACUGUGGCUGCUCGUAUCGCCCCUGACUUGGCGGGACAAUGCGACGGUGGCGGAGAUGAGGGCUGCUGCGAAUCUAGUGUCGCAGGCGAACAAGCUCUUCAUCGAUCUCACGCCGGGCUCCGGGACUUACGUGAACGAGGCCGAUUACAACGAGCCCAAUUGGCAGCAAUCCUUCUUUGGGAAGAACUAUCCUCGCCUGUACCACAUCAAGCGCAGGGUCGAUCCUACCAAUCUCUUUACGUGCCAUCACUGCGUGGGUAGCGAAUUCAACUGA